UGUCUGGAUGAUAUGCUCUUGACUGUGAUGGCUUAUGACAGGUUUGUAGCCAUUUGUCACCCCCUGCACUACACAGUCAUCAUGAACCCUCGCCGCUGUGGCUUGUUAGUUUUGAUGUCAUUUUUCAUCAGCCUUUUGGAGUCCCAGUUGCACAUUUCAAUGUUAUCACAACUUACUUUUUGUACAAUUGUGGAAAUUCCUCAUUUCUUCUGUGACCCUCCUCAACUCAUUAACCUUGCCUGUACUAACACCUUUACCUAUACCAUAUUAGUAUAUUUUAUUGGUGCCAUCUUUGGUGGUAUUCCAGUCUCAGGGAUUAUUUUCUCUUACACUCGAAUUAUUUCCUCGAUUCUGAAAAUUUCAUCUUCAGGUGGAAAGUUUAAAGCCUUUUCUACCUGUGGCUCUCACUUGUCAGUUGUUUUCUUAUUUUAUGGAACAGGACUUGGAGUGUACUUCAGUUCAGUUGUCACAUCUUCCAGAAUGAGUGCAGUGGCCUCAGUAAUGUACACCAUUGUCACUCCCAUGCUGAACCCCUUCAUCUACAGCCUGAGGAACAGGGACAUAAAGAGAGCACUUCAGAGGUUCCUCAGCAGAACAGCCUAA